AGAGCACUCUGGAUUACCUUUCGAAUGUAAUUUCACUGGCGGCAAAAGGUGAUGAAAUCAUGAUGUCAGUUUCCCCGCUGUGUCAUCACUGGUGCCGUUAAAGGUCGAAUAAGUUCAUAUCAACUUGGGAGCGGUUAGGCUACGAUCAUAUUCAACCGGAAGAGGCUUGACACUUCUACUAGUCCUACCACGGCACAGGGUCCUGUAUUACUCGGCUACCGACAUACAAAACUGCGAGCUAACAGCACCAGGGCGCUUCAAAUCUCUCUCAUUCACAGCAAUGUCAAAACUUCCCCUGCUUGGUUCAGUCGACUGCAGUUCCCGCUACGAUGCCGCCCCUAGCGGAAGCACCGAUGACGGUUUGACUUUGCCUCUAGAUGACAUUGAUAGACCAAUUGUGGAGAAGAGGCUUCUCCGUAAGUUAGACCUUCGGGUAGCCUUUCUAGUUCUGGUUUACAUUAUGAACAUCAUGGACCGUACUAAUAUAGCUGCAGCGAGGCUGCGUGACUUCGAAGAGGACCUUGGAAUGACGGGGAAUCAAUUUAAUACACUCACCAGCAUCCUUUUUGUGGGGUAUCUAUUCACGCAGGCUCCUUCCAACAUGAUCUUACACCACAUGAAAAGGCCAUCAUUAUACCUCUCGGGCUGUAUGAUAACAUGGGCUGCUAUUACCAUGUGUAUGAGUGCGGUACAAACAUAUCAUGCCGCUCUUAUUUUGCGCUUCUUUAUUGGAUUUGUAGAGGCGGCAUUCUUUCCCGGAGCUGUAUUUCUUCUUUCACGAUGGUACAAGCGCGAUGAACUAGGGUUACGCACAGCAUUUCUUUAUUGCGGCCUCUCCGUCAGUUAUGCUUUUAGUGCUCUUAUUGCGUCAGGAAUUUUAGCAAGCCUAGACGGUGUAUUAGGUUUUACGGCUUGGAGGUGGCUCUUCUUCGUGGAGGGCGCUUUGACCAUCGCCACUGCAGUGUGUGCAAUCUGGAUUUUACCCGAUUUUCCUUCAACGCCGAGCGUCUGGCUUUUGCCCGAUGAACAGAUACUGGCCAAACAACGGAUGGAAGAAGAAGUUGUGGCUAAAAUUGUGCACGAAGGCAAGCCUGAAGAGAACUCCUCUGGCCUUGCCGAGGCUCUUAUGGAUUGGAGGGUAUGGUGGCUUGGUGUUACUCUUAAUUUGGUCGAUUCCUCGGCAUCAUUCGCCUAUUUUUUUCCGACACUAUCCGCUACAAUGGGUUACAGCACGACGACAAGCCUCUUUCUCUGCGCACCUCCGUGGAUUUUGGGGACUGCGACCUCGUUUGUCGUGGCCAGGCAUUCCGACAUAACUGGUGAUCGCUUCUGGCAUAUUGCCGGCCCUCUACUCGUCGGCAUGGCUGGGUUUAUCAUUGCAAUUUCUACAAUGAAUACGGGCAUGCGAUAUCUGUCACUGUGGGAAGCCUUUCUUUCCUCCUUCUGUGAUUACACAGGUUCACGUGCUCCACGCAGAUUCCUCAUGGCUCAGAGUCCAGUGGCCUUUGCUGUCUCUUUGACCUGGGCCAUGAAUACCUUUUCCCAAUCACAGUCUAAACGCGCUGCAGCCAUUGCACUAAUAAACACCAUGGCAUCAGCUGGCAACGUUACUUCACCAUACUUUUGGCCGUCCAGUUGGGGUCCUUCAUACGUCAACUCGUAUCUCAUUUGCAUCUUGGCAAGUGUCGUGUCCAUUGCGAUGUUCUGGGUAUUUAGGGAACACCUUUCCCGGUGUAACAAAGCUGCUCAAGCCGAAGAGCAAGUUCUAGGAUUACCCGAGGGCUUUAGAUAUCUCCUCUAGCGCAUGGUUGACGACUAAUAGGAUCCCGUCAGUGAGAAUAUAUAAAUGUGUACCAGGGCUCACAAAUA